CAGGCUACGCGAGGACCCCGUUGCUGUGCUGCGAUUGUUGCAUCUUAGCCGAAGGUUCUCGCGCGUAGACUUUCUAGCCGUUCUCAGUGUUUUGUUUGCGAUUUCAUUGAGUGUUUACGAGGUAUACUAUGUUGAUUAGCUUUACUUCUUAGGCUGUAUAGAGAGGCCAAGCAGCGUGCUACUCCUCAUCUGUCACCAUCAUGACCUCGGUCGGUGUGUUGUCGCCGGCCGCUGCGGCCACCGAUUACUACGAAGAGGAUGAACUGGAGAGCGCUGAGGAAGAGGAUGACCGAAGCUUCAGGGGUCGGGAGUCUGAUGAGGACACAGAAGAUGCCAGUGAGACUGACCUGGCCAAGCAUGACAAUGUGGACUAUGUGGAAAUGAAAGAACAGAUGUAUCAAGACAAACUGGCUUCUUUCAAAAGACAAUUACAACAGCUCCAGGAAGGCACUCUGCAAGAGUAUCAAAAACGCAUGAAAAAGCUUGAUCAACAGUACAAAGAAAGAUUGAGAAAUGCUGAACUCUUCCUGCAGCUAGAAACAGAGCAAGUAGAAAGAAAUUACAUAAAGGAGAAAAAAGCAGCUGUUAAGGAAUUUGAGGAUAAGAAGAUUGAGCUCAAGGAGAACUUGAUUGCAGAACUGGAGGAAAAAAAGAAAAUGAUUGAAAAUGAGAAACUGACCAUGGAAUUAACUGGAGAUUCCAUGGAAGUCAAACCAAUUAUGACUCGCAAGUUAAGGCGAAGACCAAAUGAUCCCGUGCCAAUUCCUGACAAGAGGAGGAAACCUGCCCCUGCUCAGCUAAAUUAUCUUCUGACAGAUGAACAGAUUAUGGAAGAUUUGAGGACCCUAAACAAGAAAGUGUAUCAUAUCUCAGUUCCUGCCUGCACCCAACAACUACAAUCUUGUUUAAAAUCUCCUAAAAGACCUGUUUCACCAUCCACUCCAGAACAUCUUCCAACAACACAAACUGAAUCCCCUGCUCAGCGUUUUGAGGCUCGGAUAGAAGAUGGUAAACUCUACUAUGAUAAGAGGUGGUACCACAAGAGUCAGGCAAUAUACCUGGAAUCCAAAGACAAUACAAAAAUUAGCUGUGUGAUCAGUUCAGUGGGUACUAAUGAGAUUUGGGUGAGGAAGAGCAGUGAUAGUACAAAAAUGAGGAUCUACCUUGGACAACUACAAAGAGGCUUGUUUGUGAUACGCCGUCGGUCUGCAGCAUGAAAAUUGCCAGGAAUUAGUUUAAAAUUAAAAAGAAAACUGUCUUAAAGAAUUUUAUGCCACUGCUGAUUUGAACCAAUGCUGGUCAAUAAUUUUACACAUAAACUAUUAAGCGUUGUGAACAUGGAUUUGAGUCUACAAAGUCCAGACUGAAUGGGAGUUGUACUUGUUUUUCCCUAAAAGGGGCAAGUUUCUGAUUUAUUCACUGUAUAUGGAGAAUUAUUUCUCAGAAGCAAGCAUUUAAUUCAUUGGAAGUGGAGCAAAAUGUAAUUUCAUUUGGUUGGACUAUACUAUAAUCCAAAUCUUGGUCAAAGUCAGUGUUUCUCUCCAAUUGCCAUGUUGUCUUAUUAACUUUUAUAGAUACCGUAUUUAGCCUACUCUGCGUGCUAUGAAGGCUCAAUAAGUUCAGCUCUUCAACAGCAAUUACUGCAAUUAGAGGAAAAAAUGCCUUGGUUUGGGUGCAUGGUUAGCCACGGAUUAUCAAUACUGACUAAAUUAGUUUUUAUAUAUAUAUUCACUUGAUUUCACCAGUUGUUUAACUUGGUGCUGUUACUUUUUUUUUUUUUUUUAACAAUCAUAGUAAAGUCAAGUGUUUCAAAAAGGUUGAACUUCUUUGAAACAUGCUAAGUAUAUCUAAUGUUUUUCCUAUAGAGUUUGCCACUCCUGGGCAAUGUGUUAUUGCAAACCUUAUAUUAAGUUUUGAAUAUUCUCCGAGAAUGUGUGUGGUCUUAAGACGUCAGUUGGUAUUUUGUUGCCAUUAAAUUAUUCAUUUAUAUGUAUUAACUGUAUAGGUGAAAAAUCCAGUUGAUUUUCACUGUAUACGUUAAGACCUACAGAAAAUCUACAGGCCAAACAGACUAAACACGCCUUUAUAGUACAACCUUUUAAACCAGGCUAAAAAUCUCAGGAAUUUAAUGGAUAGACUUAUGGAGUUUUUAUUCAAUUUCUUUUACCAGUCUCUGUUAACGUUUUUAAAUCAGUUGAAUAACAAACUAUUUAGACAAUGUUGCAGGCUUUGCAAGUGUUACAAGAAUGCACCUUUUAUGAAACGUGAAGAUAAAUGUAUUUAUAUGUC